GGUCGGUCGCGUCAGUCGUUUAUUUUCGACCUUUUGCUCCCACCAAGACCGCCACACAAAUGGAGAUAAACGCCAACUUGCUGGAAGACUUGGAUCUCAUGAUGUUGCCGCUGACUCCGACAAUGAAUCGCGUUAAUUCGCGGACAAUUCCGAGACGGAUAAAAGCGCCGAGCCGAUAGUAACCACACGUCCGGACUGGAUCAAAGACGAGGAAUUAACGAGUCUGAGGAUGGCAACGCCACCACCGUCGACGUCGUCGGGUGUCGGCGGUAUCAGUCCAAGUAUCAAGAACCCCGCAACACUCAAAGACUCGACGGAAGCGAAACGAGCGCGACGCUCCGCGAUUGAGAAGAAGUCGAGGCAGAGGAGACAGGAAAUGCUCAAGAGGAUGAGACACGAGGUCAAGCAGCUUGAAGACGUGUACACAGAGAUGGCCAGACGAAGAGAAGCGACGAGUUCCAACGGUAGAUCACGCUUUUCUUCGAUUUCGAUGGACGAGUUGCAGCGCGAAUACUCCGAGUUGUCGCUGGUUGCUCACGCACUUGAAGAGGACCGAGUUGCUCUCCGUGAACUGCUUCUGACUCACGAGAAAUUUCAGCAGACUCUGCAAAGCCAAUCAGAUGGACGGGACGCGGUUUGGAACAGCGGAAUUCCGCCAAGUGCGUCCUUGUCCGUGGCAUUUCGACAACAUACAACAGACGAGUGCUUUGCCAUCGUCCGCGCGGCCUAUCAGGAGAUCGAGCGGUUCCUUGCAGCAGACAAUUUUGUAUCCACCGGGGCGAGUUUCAUGGGCUGGACAGAUAAGCGCAAGGUGGUACAGGCUCUUCAGUUUUGCUUUACAAAGAAAUUCCCUCUCGAAAGCGCUGACAAUCUGCUUUCGCAGACGUGGAAAAUCUUUUCGAAUGGUGACAAAAUGGCGGUAAUGUCGUUCGAUCGAUCGGUUCGUACGCGGUUCGAGGUGCUGCAAGUUUUGAACGACAAUUUGAUUAUUAUACGCAGAGAUCAUGUGAUCCCGAAGAUGCCGAUGACAUUUUUCUCGAUCCAGAUUAUUUUCCGCCUGCAAACACCGAUGGGUUACACGAUGUGCAGUCGAACAAUUCCAGCUCCUGAGAUCGAGAAGGCGAUGGAACCCCACGAGUAUUUCUACGACGCGUUUCACUGGACUCGCUUCAAUCAUCUGUACGACGCAUUCGGCAACGUUACAGGCUGUGAAAUUGUGGCAGGUGGGUCUGUCAAAGAUCAAAACCAGCUGCAGUCCCGGUACUGGCUGUUCGAGCUUAUCUGCUCUGUAACGGGGUAA